GUAAGUUAGAGAUAUUAUAUUUACAAAUUUAAGUAAUCAGUUUCGUUUUCUAUGGUACUAGUGUUGUAUGCGAUCUAUCAGUAUAAGGAAUUAUGUUGUAUGGGAUUUAGUAUGAUGGAUUUCUUUUAUGCAGUUUCAGAUCGUGCAAUCUGAGAUCCAGUUUAAUAACUUCUGCGACUUCAGAUAUUCGUACGCCGAUCGAACGGUUUUGAUGUGGUCCAUUUGGUACGUCAUAGCCAUGGCAGCAUUCACACAAACGAAUUUGUACGUAAAUAUUUUGUACACAUAUAUCGCAGACGAAUCGAACGACAAGCACAUAUUGCUGAACGGUUUGGUCGAUUCUUUGGCCACCAUGUGUGCUGCGUUAAGUACUUACCAAAUCGGCAAGGUGAACGUGAACUGGAACGAUCAUGGAUUCGCGUUUUUGGCUCUCUGUUCUCUGGUGAUCGCAUUGCUCCUGUCCCUAGGCUACUAUUCAAAAAACAUCAUUGUCGUGUACCUAAUGUACAUCUGCUUCGAUACGGUUGUGCAAUCCAUUUUCGUCAUCGCCAUGUCACAAAUCGCCAAACAACUGAAACACGAUUUCUAUACCUCGGUAUUGGGGUUCAACGCUUUCCUGGGCAUUGGUUUGUCAACGUGCUUGUCAUCACUCCUGGUACGAAUUGGAACGUCCCUGCCAGCCCGG